AUGGCUGGACGCAAAGGCGCAUACAGUAUUCUAAAGGGAAUGAACAUGAGUGUGCCGGGAGCGAUGCAUGCGGCCGAUACGGCAUCAGGCCAGCAGACUAGUACAGGCGUGCCCCAAAGUACACCGAUCAAGGUUACGUCAUCAAUACGGUUACAGCCUGCCAAAUCCACAUCAGGAAUUCAGCUACAACAAGUAUCAGCUCCCCAAGGAGAAGGACAGUUCCAGAAUUUGGGAUCCAGUAUAAGGGCACAGGUGCCGGAUCAAACUUCCGCAAAUAUGUCCUCGCAAAAAGUUACUAAAAUUUCUGUACAGCAUCAGAAGUCUGGGCAAAGCAGGGUGCAACAGUCGACACCACAGUUUCAGCAGUCUACACCACAGUUUCAGCAGUCGACACCACAGUAUCAACAAUAUACACCACAAUUUCAGUCGUCUCCGCAACAGUUUCAACAGUCCACGCCUCAGUAUCAACAACCUGCAUCCCAGUUUCAACAGCCAACUCAGCUUACACAAUCCUCCAAGGGCACUCCUGUACAGAUCCAACGACAAUCAGCCAUUCAUCAAAGGACUAGUCAGAUGCAGUCAAAUGUGGUGCCUAAUCAGUACCAGCCAGUCCAUCAACAACAACAGCCACAAACGACAACAGUCAGGCUCCAACAAAGCAAUCAACAAUCAACUGGUUAUCCAAACCAACUUUUGGGCCAACAGGAACUAGGCUGGGGACAUGUAGAAUUCGAGCCGGUAAAACAACAACCAAGACAAAGGCGAACACGACAACAGCAGGCGCAGCCUCAACAGCAAGCUUCAAAUUUUCAACGCGACUCCGGUGAAACUGAUUUCAGUUUCCCUCCCGUAUCGAGCCUUUCAAAGCAGUUUCAGGAAGGUAAACCAACACCAAUACAUUACGAUAACGAAGCAGCAAGUGAUCAAGACUACAUCGGGUCACAACAACAACAACAGUUUCAGCCAAGCCCUUCAUUUGGAUCCCAGUAUUCACAACCAACAGCGGUAGAUGGUCCGAAACCUUCUAGACAGCAACCUAAACAGAAAUGGCAACCAAAGCAGCAAUCAUCAGAGCCAACAUUUGGAACCCAGUACACAGCUGCUAGUCCUAAAGUACAAAGAUGGCAACCACCGCAGGCAACACAGCAACCAACUUCUGAACCACAGAGUCAGCAGUAUCAACCUUGGCAACAGCAGCAACAACAACAACCACAAAAACAGCCGUGGCAACAGCAACAACAGCAGCCUCCAGCAGCUCAGUCUUUUGGAACUCAGUUUACACCGGCUAGCCCAAAACCACAACGAUGGCAACCAAAGCAAACAACGCAACAAUCAACAUCUGACACACCAAGUCAACAGUAUAAGCCUUGGCAACAACAACAACAACAACAGCCCCAGCAGCAACCAUGGCAACAACAGCAACCUUGGCAACAACAACAACAGCAGCAACAACCUAAGAGUUCUUUUGGGACAUCUUUUCAGCAAGAGCCGAAGCCGACGCCUUCAUUUGGAAGUCAGUUUGGUCAACAAACCACCACUGGAAGUCCUAAACCUAAAAAACAACCAUCCCAGCCUCAACCGGCGGUGCCAUCAUUUGGAACAGCAUAUGGCCAAGCGGCUGUGGUCAGCAGUCCUAAACCAAAACGUCAAGCGUCUCAACCACAGCCUGCUGUGCCAUCGUUUGGAACUCAGUACGGCCAACCUUCUGUAGGUAGUCCUGCUGCCAGACGAACACCAUCACAACCUCAGGCCGCAGUCCCAUCAUUUGGUACACAAUACGGUAGUCCAAAGACGUCCCGGCCUACUUCAUACGGAAGUCAGUAUGAUCAAGAAGGCGACCAAAGCCAAGUCCAACCAGCACAACAACAACAAACGCCAUCAUUUGGAACUGCGUACAGCGCUAGUCAGCAACCUGCCGCACCAUCAUUCGGAACACAGUUCACAGCCAAGGGAAAACCACCUGCAACAUCAGAGAGCCCCAGAUCCGUCCCCAGCCAUCCAGCCGCACACGGAAUUUAUUACAUGGACGCUGGGAAAACAUCAGGUCAGUACGGCCAAGCAACAGGAGCGAAGAACGUGCAACAACAACAGCAACAACAACAAAAGACUAGUCAAUUCCAGGGAGGCCAGUCAUCUCAAGGCCAGUAUAAACAGAACGUUACAGCACAUAGUGACAAAGGACCAGCUGGAACUCGCCAAAGCCAGCAAACCAGCAGUGUUAGUUCCUCAUUCGGAGUUCAGUUUGUACCAAAAGACGAGAGCAAAGCAAAAUCGGAACUGGAGAUGAAACGGAAACAGAUUGUUCAGCAGCAAGAUGUGGGUACCCAGUUGACCUUCGAGGACAUCAAAAACCGCGUGGCCAAAUUACGCACAGAUUUGUUCAACUCACGAGACGAAAACCAAGAACUACAAGACGAGAUGAGAAACCUUAACAACAUCAUGAGCGAGAUUUUUGGGCCAUUUACCCUUCGAGAAGUUGUUCAUUACAUAACCUGA